AUGGCCAAGCCGCGGCUGAUCAUCCUCAUCCGACAUGCCCAGUCCGAGGGCAACAGUACGCUGCCCCCGCCCCCUGCUGCCUGUUCGCCCGUCUCCCCCCCCCCCUCGAUGGGCAACCGACGACUGACUCACCCUUCCCUCCUCCGAGCAGAGCAGCGCGAGAUCCAUCAGAGCAUCCCCGACCACAGAGUGAAGCUCACGCAGGACGGCUGGGGCCAGGCCCGCGAGGCCGGUCGCCGGCUCCGCAAACUCCUCCGACCCGACGACACCCUCCACUUCUUCACCUCCCCCUACCGUCGCACGCGCGAGACGACCGAAGGCAUCCUCGCGACCCUCACCUCGGACGAGCCGAAACCGUCGCCCUUUCGUCGGUCCAACAUCAAGGUCUACGAGGAGCCGCGCCUCCGCGAGCAGGACUUUGGCAACUUCCAGCCCUGCAGCGCCGAGAUGGAGCGCAUGUGGCAAGAGCGGGCCGACUACGGUCACUUCUUCUACCGCAUCCCCAACGGCGAGAGCGCCGCCGAUGCCUACGACCGCGUGAGCGGCUUCAACGAGAGCCUCUGGCGGCAGUUUGGCGAGGACGACUUCGCCAGCGUCUGCGUGCUCGGUACGUAUGCGUCAUGCCGAGCCUCCGUCGAGCGGUUGUGUCUGAUGCGCGCAGUAACACACGGUCUCAUGUCCCGCGUCUUCCUCAUGAAGUGGUACCACUUUACCGUCGAGUACUUUGAGGAUCUCCGCAACGUCGACCACUGCGAGUUCCUCAUCAUGCGAAAGCAGGAGAACGGCAAGUAUUUGCUCGAGAACAACCUGCGCACCUGGUCCGAGCUGCAUCACGAUCGCGCCGCCGUCAAGGACGGCAAAGAGGAGGCCAAGCUGGAUCGUGCCAGAACGACGACUGCCAUGCCUGCCCGUCGCUGGGGCGGCUGCCCCAACGGCUGCAACCACACGAGCCACUACAACAAGCGGCCUGACCUAGAGCCCCUGCGGGAACAAGACACGGAGCGCAGUGACGAACCGACCGUCGCGACCAGCGGCUCGAUUUCGGUCGCCGCCGGCGGGCAGCCACAAUCACGGUCGCAAUCGCAGACGCAGAACCAGCAAUGGCAUCCUGGUAUGAGUGCAGAGGACCGUGACGGUGACGGACCCCCCGUCCUCGCCGAUGCAAUGGACGUCGCUGUUCCGCACUCCCACAAAGUGUUGCCCUCCUCACCCGACGGCACGCCAGCCUUCAACACCGCCGCUGCAGAAAAGCGCAUCGGCACCCUCCAGUCACAACACCUGCACGUCGGCCGCGACUUUGGGGGGACCUACUCGGGCCACACCUCCCUUGCCGGCAGCGACACAGACAUGUCCGAAGAUGGCAAUCGCCGGCAUCCGCCGUCCCACUACGUCGACAAGCACACCGAUGACGUUGUCGCCAACCGCUUCGCCAACCGUCUCGGAGACGCGCCGCCGCCGGCCGCAGCUGAGCACACCGAGAUGGACGACUUGAACGAGGCCGAGCGCCAAGAUCGAAGUAUCCGAGGGAGCGUAUAUUGA